UAUGAACUCCCGGUCCAGAGAUCGGCCACCAAGCUACACCCUGUCAAAAUUGGUUGCCCCAGAGAAAAUGACCAAUCAGACGCGCUAAUUCCUUGCCAGUCGUUGUCUUCAUUCGAUCAGGGUAACAGUGACAGAGCAGCGGCUACCCGAGACCUCCGAACCCUUGUGUCCCAUCUCCCGAGUUACAGUACAUUUCUACUCCGUCACUCUCCCUACCAUUUUUCAACCUCGACCGCCGGUCUGUACACCACACAUACACCGCCACUGCCUCUUGAUUCCCUUUCUCCUCCGGCCACGCGAGAUUCCACAAGCGAUAGAUGCCGGCGUCAUGAAAGGUUCACGAGCGGGGAGACGAUCACAGUCUCCUCUGUUCCUGGUCCUCUUCAUUGCUCUUCUCGUUUUUGCGGUCACCGUCGAGGCAUCCUACGGUGAUCGGUUGCCAGAGUUCCGAGAAUGCGUCCAGGUCUGCCACGAUGAGAACUGCGCUCCAGGCAAAGAAGCCACGCCGAUCCCCCUUCACCGCCGUCUCCUCUUCUGGACCUGCGCCUCCGAAUGCGACUACACGUGCCAGCACAUAAUCACGAAGCAGCGUCUCGCGGCCGACGAGCCCGUGGUCCAGUUUCACGGGAAAUGGCCCUUCCACCGUCUCUUUGGCAUCCAGGAGCCCUUCAGCACCCUGUUCAGCCUUGGUAACCUCUGGGCGCACCACGACGGCUGGCGCAAACUACGCGCCGUCAUCCCGGCCUCGUACCCUCUACGGCCGUGGUACGAAUGGCUCGCCGGCGUGGGCAUAACUUCUUGGGUCUUCAGCGCCAUCUUCCACACCCGCGACUUCCCUGCUACCGAGCAGCUCGACUACUUCGCGGCGGGCGCGAGCGUUCUGUACGGGCUAUAUUACACCGUCGUGCGCAUCAUGCGGCUUGACCGCCCGACGCCGCGCCGGAGGUCAGUACUGCGCGCCUGGACCCUGCUGUGCGUGUUGCUGUAUGCGGGGCAUGUUGCGUACCUUAAGGGUGUGCGCUGGGACUACACGUACAACAUGACGGCCAACGUCAUUAUUGGCAUGAUCCAAAACAUCAUGUGGUUGUGGUUCAGUUUCAACAAGUACAAGCAGUCGCGUAGGGGUUGGGCCAUCUGGCCGAGUAUCGUCGUCGCGGGCGUCAUCACGGUCAUGAGUCUGGAGCUCUUCGACUUCCCGCCGUUGUGGGGUGCUCUGGAUGCGCACAGCCUGUGGCAUCUGGGCACAAUCCCGCCCACAAUACUGAUGUACAACUUCCUUGUCAAGGAUGCGCAGGACGACAUGGCUGGCACCGAGAGACUCAAGUCUUGAGCAUAUUUGAGGCCGCUCACCACAAAAGCACCCCUUACUUGCGCUUCCGUGAGGAUGCGGUCUGCAAGUGAGUCUAAAAGCCCGGAACGGUAGUCAAUGCUACCCCACCGGCAUCUUGGUCCAAAGCGGUCACGAAUGAAGC